AAGAAACAGAGAGCUAGAGAUGCAUAAACAACUACAAAUUAUUCACUAGUUUCUACCACUAAAGCACCAAACUUACUAUGUAUCAUUUUAGCAACACGGUCGUCGGUUUCUUGAAUCUUUUGACACUCUUAGCUUCGAUUCCGAUCAUCGGCGGUGGCCUAUGGAUGGCGAGGAGUAGCACAACCUGUGAAAGUUUCCUUCAAACUCCACUUCUAGUUUUAGGUUUCAUUGUUUUUGUGAUUUCUCUAGCUGGUUUCAUUGGCGCAUGUUUUCAUGUAGCAUGGGCGCUUUGGUUUUAUCUAGUGGUGAUGCUUUUUGUUAUCGCCGCCUUAAUGGGUGUCACCAUUUUUGGAUUUGUGGUGACAAGCCCCGGCGGCGGAGUUCAAGUUCCCGGCAGGGUUUACAAAGAGUACCAUCUUCAAGAUUAUUCCUCGUGGUUGAGAAAUAGGAUCAAAGAGCCUGAAUAUUGGAGGACUAUCAGAAGUUGCAUAUUGGGUUCAAAAACUUGCAGCAAACUUGCGUCUUGGACACCUAUUGAUUAUGUUCAAAGAGACUUGUCUCCUAUACAGUCUGGUUGUUGCAAGCCGCCAACUUCGUGUAUAUAUGACAUGGCAACAAUGGUGGCUCAAGAUCCGGAUUGUUACCGGUGGAACAAUGCUCCGACGAUGCUGUGCUACGAGUGUGAUUCGUGUAAAGCCGGAGUGCUUGAGGAUGUAAGAAGGGACUGGCGGAGGCUCUCAGUUGUUAACAUUGUGAUAGUAAUUUUUCUUAUUGGGAUUUAUUCAAUUGGAUGCUGUGCCUUUCAAAAUAUACAAUGGGCACAAACGGGUUUCCCAUAUGGACCCAACUGGAUGACCAAAGUCCGACCUACAUGGGACAACUAUUGGUGGAGGUGGUGAUGAAAUUCUGAAAAGUGCUUUGGUGGUUAAAUUUUCAGAAGGCAUUGGAAUUGGAGGUACCUGAAGGUGAUUUCUCUUUCUACAGUAUUAUAGAUGGGCUUGGCUUGCUUUUGUGUACAAAUUAAGUAACAUUUGAGAAGCAAUUAGGUGUGCUUUAUAAGAUUAUACAUAUUUAAGUUA